UUUCAAUUUCUUCAGAAUUUUCUGACUUGGUACUUGUGCCUCGCUUCGUUUUACUCAUAGCUUACUGUAUUUUGCAUUAAGUAAAUUUUGCUUGUUAAGACUGCAUUUCAGUAUCUUAAUACUUGAACAAAAAUGUAUUUGGCACUUCCAAUGACUACUAUUAAAUCGAGAAGGAUAAAUUCUGUAUUUAAUCUCAUAUUACCUUGUUGAAAGACUGGAAGCAUGUUCUAUGAAAAAAAUUAAAGGCUGAAUCUGUCUUUCUUUCCUCCUCUGUUUUUUUAUGUUUCUUUUUCUUUUUUCAAAUCUAACAGUGUCUUUUGUUUUGCAUCACACAUAGUGCUCAUAAAUUUGAAUAAUCCUGCUACAAGUGGGGUUCAUUGAGUCUUGAGGAUGUCCUUAUCUGCUGCAUCCUUAUCUGGAGUAGGCUUGUUGAUGUGGUAUUUGCUGGGGGUUCUCUUGCUUGAGAUUAGAAAGCUUUGAAGAUUUGUUCAUCGAGGCAGGGUAUUGGAUCAAAAACUUAUCUGAUAUAUAUAAGUUUGGUUUCUCAGACAGUGAGCCUAUUGAUGGAAUUAUGGCAGUUAACUUUAUAAAGCUGGGUUGCUUUGGAAUGUUGAUGUCUGUUUGAAUCUUUCCGAAGGUAUCCACUUUGAUGUUCCAUUUGAAAGAGUUUAGGCAGAUACUUUCAUCCGUUUCACGUUAUGGUUCCAGUGCCGCAUCUUAAUGUCUUUCCUUCAUGGUAGUUUGUGGUGGAAUUUGAUGGAUAUGUUGACUGAUGAGUGUUUUGGUUACAACAAUUACGUUGGUGUUAUGCUUACGGUGGUGCAUAUUGACAUCUUUCCUCCAUGUACUUUUUGUGGUGGAAUUUGAAGGUUAUAUUGACUGACAAGAGAUAUUCUCAUUGCAAUGCUUUUAUUAAUUUUUUCUGUAGACUUUUUCUUGUCGCAACAUGCAAAGAGAAUCAAUGGCUGCUGCUCAGAGUGCAGAUAGAUGUGAACAUAAAAGCACACUCAGAGGUGAAUAAGUUCACGCCUGUCAGGUUCCAACUUGGACAGUUUUAGAUUGAUGGUAAUUGGAGAUGUGUUUGUUGGUUGAUGAUGGUUGCUUCUCUUACCAUUCAAAAUGAUAUAUACAUUGCUAACUAAAUAUUACAAUUACUUGCAAUAUAGGAGGGGCAAUCAUGGACUGCAAAUAGCUGGUACAGGCAGAUUAUGUUUACUAGUUAUAUGAAGCCCUUCUCAUACACUAAUUAUUCUAUAAACUUGUUGAUUCCUGAAGAUGACAACUCUAUGUGCAUGGAAGACUUUGGAUCUUGAGCUUUAUGAGAAAGAUGUAUCAUUUCACGAGAAGCUUAGGUGAAGACCAUUUGUGAGAUGUGCUUUUGUUUGAGAUGGGAACACAAAAACCAUCAAGCUGAUAUGGGUAGGAAGUAACUGGUGAUACUCUGGAACCCAUUGUCCUUCCCAUUCCUAAGUUGCUGUUGCAGUUAAUGACAUCGUCUCUUGAGAAGAAAAUGGCGAAUUGCCAGACAAGCAUCCAAUCAACUCAUUAGUGAUGGAACCUGAGUGGCAAACAUCUUCACGAAUCUACUGUUCUCACUGUUGUUUUAUGUACCUUGCACCGUUGAAGAAGCAGCCAUGGGGAACUUUUUCUUGAUUAAAUUUGCACUUGGUGAUGAAUAAUGCGUUUAUUGCAUCAAAGAUAUGCACACUUACUUCCAAAGGAUGAUGAGGCAUUUGAGCACUAUGAUGCAUUUAUUGCAAAACGAUUUGAUGAGGUCAACAAAAUUGGCAAAAUUAAUCUUGCUGCUACAGGAAAAGACCUUAUGGAUGAUGAGAAACAAGAUGUGACUAUCGAUCUGUUUUCUGCUUUGGACAUGGAAAAUGAUGCGAUUACAGAACGAGCACCUGAGGUUGAAAAUAAUCAGAAACUUGGUUUGCUUAUUGGUUUCCUUUCUGUUGAUGACUGGUACCAUGCUCAGAUACUCUUUUAUCGUCUGUCCCAUCUAAAUCCUGUUCAGCAUAUCCGAAUUUGCGAAGGGUUAUUUAGGGUCAUUGAGAAGACUAUGUCUGCGGCCUAUGCUAUUGUUUAUCAAACGCAUCGUCAAAGUUGCGCUGGUUCCGAUGUUGUGGAAUCAACAGCUGGAUCUUCUAUCCAGAAUUCUUCUGUUGAUCUCCCUCAGGAAUUUUUCCAGAUGCUUGCUGCUGCAGGACCAUAUCUUCAUCGGGAUGCUGUACUUCUUCAGAAGGUGUGCAGAGUGUUGAGAGCAUACUACCUUUGUGCUGAAGAAUUAGCUGGCCUACGAGCUAAACAAGCUAAGCUUAGGGUUGAAGAAGCACUUGGAAAAUGCGUGCUUCCAUCAUUGCAAUUAAUACCUGCAAAUCCUGCAGUUGGGCAAGUGAUAUGGGAAGUCCUUUCUCUGCUCCCCUAUGAGGAUCGGUACCGCCUGUAUGGUGAGUGGGAGAAGGAUGAUGAAAGAAUCCCCAUGAUUCUGGCUGCAAGGCAGAUUGCAAAGUUGGACACUAGAAGAAUAUUGAAAAGGCUUGCGAAGGAAAAUUUGAAGCAGCUGGGUCGCAUGGUGGCCAAACUUGCUCAUUCUAACCCUAUGACUGUGCUUCGCACAAUUGUUCACCAGAUUGAGGCAUACAGGGAUAUGAUAACACCGGUCGUAGAUGCUUUCAAGUACUUGAGACAGCUGGAAUAUGAUGUGUUAGAAUAUGUUGUAAUUGAACGUCUAGCACAAGGUGGACGUGAGAAGCUUAAAGAUGAUGGCCUGAAUUUGUCAGAUUGGCUUCAGUCUCUUGCAUCCUUUUGGGGCCAUCUGUGUAAGAAAUACCCUUCAAUGGAGUUGAGAGGCCUUUUUCAGUAUCUUGUUAAUCAAUUGAAGAAGGGCUCAGGAAUUGAGCUUGUUCUGUUGCAGGAGCUUAUUCAGCAGAUGGCAAAUGUUCAGUACACUGAGAACAUGACCGAGGAGCAACUUGAUGCUAUGGCAGGAGGUGAAACAUUGAGAUAUCAAGCUACUCUCUUUGGAAUGACUAGAAACAAUAAGGCAUUGACUAAAUCUACCAACAGACUUAGGGACUCCUUACUUCCGAAGGAAGAGCCUAAGCUUGCUAUUCCUCUUUUGUUACUUAUAGCUCAACAUCGCUCCAUGGUCAUCAUAAAUGCUGAUGCACCAUACAUCAAAAUGGUUAGCGAGCAGUUUGACAGGUGCCAUGGCACACUUCUUCAAUAUGUUGAGUUUCUCUUGAGUGCCGUAACUCCAUCUAUGACCUACGCUCAGCUGUGUCCUCCUCUAGAUGAUCUUGUUCACAAGUACCAUCUUGAUGCAGAGGUAGCAUUUCUGGUAUAUCGCCCUGUGAUGAGGCUCUUCAAAAGCAUAAGUGGGGCUGAAAUAUGCUGGCCUCUUGACAUAACUGAAGAGCCCCAUGCUCCAAGUACAAAUAAUGAAGCAGAGCCCUCAAAUUUAUCUAGUGAUGUUGUUUUGGAUCUUGGUUCACCCUGGAAGCUUGUCAAUUGGUCAGACCUCCUUGACACAGUCCGGUCAAUGCUGCCUCUGAAAGCUUGGAAUAGCCUGUCUCCUGAUCUGUAUGCUACAUUUUGGGGGCUUACCCUCUAUGAUCUUUAUGUUCCUCGACAACGUUAUGAAUCAGAGAUUAUGAAGCAGCAUGCUGCUAUUAAAGCCUUAGAAGAACUUUCUGACACUUCCAAUAUAGCUAUCACAAAGCGGAAAAAAGACAAGGAAAGGAUCCAAGAGUUACUUGACAGAUUGACUUGUGAAUUUCAAAAGCACGAACAACAUGUUGCAUCUGUGCAUCAAAGGCUUAGUCGUGAGAAGGACAAGUGGCUGAGUUCCUGCCCGGAUACCCUAAAGAUAAACAUGGAGUUUCUUCAACGGUGUAUCUUCCCACGCUGCAUCUUCAGCAUGCCAGAUGCUGUGUAUUGUGCUAUGUUUGUGCAUAUGCUACAUUCACUUGGCACACCAUUUUUUAACACGGUCAACCAUAUCGAUGUUCUUAUAUGUAAAACCCUACAGCCGAUGAUCUGUUGCUGCACCGAAUUUGAAGCUGGCAGACUUGGAAGGUUUUUAUAUGAGACACUAAAGAUGGCUUACCAUUGGAAGAGUGAUGAGUCCAUAUAUGAACGCGAAUGUGGAAACAUGCCAGGGUUUGCUGUCUAUUACAGAUUCCCGAACAGUCAGCGUGUAACUUAUAGCCAAUUUAUUAGAGUACACUGGAAAUGGAGCGGAAGGAUAACUAGAUUGCUUGUACAGUGCUUGGAAUCUACCGAGUACAUGGAAAUACGAAAUGCUCUUAUUGUGUUGACAAAGAUAUCUAGUGUUUUCCCUGUUACUCGAAAGAGUGGUAUUAAUCUUGAAAAGCGGGUAGCUAAAAUUAAAGGGGAUGAGAGAGAAGAUUUGAAAGUUUUGGCUACUGGUGUAGCUGCCGCUUUGGCUGCUCGCAAGAGCUCAUGGGUUUCUGAGGAAGAAUUUGGUAUGGGUCAUAUUGAUCUAAAGCAUGCAGCAUCACCGGCAAAAUCACUUGCUGGUAACCUGGGCAAUGCGUCAAAUGGUUCUGCUCUUGGUAUAUCUCAGAAUGAGAUGUCUGGGACAAGGAAUGCCACUACAGGGAAUCAGGUAGCGGAUCUGUUGAAUAUAGUUAGAGACCAGAUGACACGUGCAAAAUCUACAGAUGGCAGGUCCGAUCGAUCAGAAGGUGGAAUGCUUUUGAAAUCUGAUUCAGCACAACAAAAAUCAAGGAGUAGCUCUUCCACGAAUGGGCCUGAUAGUCAAACACACACUUCUUCUUUGCCACCUAAACCUUCUGGGAUCAUGAAAAAUCCAGAUGAACUUCCAAAAGUUUCGGCAGAGGAAACAGUUACAAAAGUUGCUUCAAAGGGCGCUGUGGAAUCUGAGACCAGACCCCAGCAAAAACGUUCAGCACAGAAUUCUCUUGGUAGGCUACCAAAACAGGAGUUGGUCAAAGAAGAUACUAAAUCUGGAAAAUCAAUCAGCAGAACUGCCUAUCAGCAAUCUUCUGCAACAGCUGACAGGGAUCUUUCAGCUCAUCAAUCAGAGAGUAGGCAAGGUGGUACUGCUACUAAUUCUUCGUCCACUUCCAAUGGUAACUUAAGUUCAACAUCAGGAAAAGUAGCAAGUUCCUCCUCAAAAAUGAAUGAUGUGCAUGUUAGUCUAUCCAAGAUGGAAAGUGGACCUAUCAAACCCUUGGAUGACAAUGUAGAAGCACCUGAUGCUUUCCCUAAACAGCAAAAGAGAUCUGUUCCAGCUGAAGAACAAGAUAGAUUGAACAAACGAAGGAAAGGAGACACUGAUGGAAAGGAUGGUGAGGCUAUGGAAGUGCGAUUAUCUGAUAAGGAAAAAACUUUUGACCCCAGAUCAAUGGAAAAAUCUCACUUUCCAGAUCAUGAGAGGCCUACAAUUGAAGAACAAAGCCCAAUUAGGCCUGUGGAUAAGCAUUCUGAUAAAUCUAAAGACAAAACUAUUGAAAGAUAUGACAAAGACCGCAGGGAAAAAUUGGAUCGGCCUGAUAAGAGCCGUGGUGGGGACAUUCUUGAGAAAUCAAGAGAUAGGUCAAUUGAAAGACAUGGAAGAGAACGUUCUGUCGAAAGAGUGCAGGAGAGAGCAGUAGAUAGGAAUAUAGAUAGGUCUGUUGAUAAAUCUAGAGAUGACAGAAGCAAAGAUGACAGGAAUAAACUACGACACAAUGAGGCUCCCAUGGAUAAGGUGCAUUCCGAUGAGCGUUUUCAUGGACAAGGUUUGCCGCCGCCACCUCCGCUACCUCCAAGUUUCGUUCCCCAAUCUGUUGGUGGUAGUCGAAGAGAUGAAGAGCCUGAAAGAAGGGUCAGUAACACUAGACACACACAGCGGCUGUCGCCUAGGCAUGAUGAAAAAGAACGUAUGCGCUCAGAGGAGAAUGUUUUAGCAUCACAUGAUGAUGCAAAACGUAGGAGAGAUGAUGAGUUUCGAGAAAAAAAGUGGGAGGAACGAGGAGAUGCGCCAAAUAAGGUAGAAGAGAGGGACAGAGAUAAGGGGAAUGUACUGAAGGAUGAUAUGGAUCCUACUGCAGCCCCCAAGCGGCGAAAGCUUAAAAGGGACCAUACAUCCUCUUCUGAAGCUGGAGGGGAGUAUUCACCGGUUGUUCCGCCACCUCCACCACCUCUAGCAUUGGGGAUAUCUCAAUCGUUUGAUGCAAGAGAAAGGGGAGAUAGAAAAGGGAUUAUGGUGCAGCAUCGAGCUGUUUAUGUGGAUGAAGUUCCGAGGAUGCAUGGCAAAGAAGCUGCAAGCAAGAUCAAUCGUCGGGAGACUGAUCAGAUAUAUGAAAGAGAGUGGGAGGAAGAGAAGCAAAGGACUGAAGCUAAGAGGAAGCAUCGCAAGUAGACAGCAGUAUGGAGAGGAUCGCAAGAGAUUUUUUAUUGCUUGGCCAGAUUUAUUGAGCACCUAUACUGGCUGCAACUAUGACUAGCUUGGGAAGGGAAGUGCAGCUGUCAUUUAGCCACUACGAUUUUUGGCACUAGUGUUCAGACUGAAGCAUCUAAUGUAGAUGCAUGAUGUUAGCUUGGGUAGGCAAAGUUGGUCCAUUUCAGUGGUCUUUAUUGAUCAUGGAUACUGGAAAAGCCUGGUGUAUUAUGUCCUAAUAUAUAAUUAGAGGUCUUCAGAUUCAGUGUAGCAGAUCUUAAAAAUAUAAUGUGCAUACGUGGCUUUGCAAAUCAGAUCCUGCAGAAGAUUGGGACUCGCAAAUUCUUGUGGCAGUCAGCAUGCACUCCAAUGUGAUAAAGAUUUUGAGAUACAGAAGGAAACCUUAUUGGACAUUAAUGCAAUUGUAAUUUGCCUUCCUUGCAUAAUAUAACAUUUUAUCUUCCAGUGUUCAUGCAGUCAUUCACAGCUCU